AUGCUGGACUUAGCCAAAAUAGGAGUCUCAGUAUUCGCACCAGCAACAGCCUCCAUAACAACAGCCCUGUCAGCAGCUGCUGUGGCGGCGGCUGUGGCUGCGGGAGCAGCAGUGCUCAGCAUUGCGGACGGUUUGCCAAUCCGUGAAUGCUUGGAGGACGUUCUGACGGGCUUGGACCGCAGCAAUGGCCUGGUGCUGCAGGCCCCCCCUGGAGCGGGCAAGACCACGGUUGUCCCGCUGGCCCUCCUCCGACACGCACCCGCCUAUCUGGGGGGGGAACAGAAGAUACUGGUUUUGGAGCCCCGGCGUGUGGCUGCCAAGGGCGCUGCUCGCCGCAUGGCCUCCUCCCUCCGGGAGCCGGUGGGGGCCCGAGUGGGGUAUCGCGUGCGGCUGGACAGCAAGGUGGGGCCCUCCACCCGGAUAGAGGUGGUGACGGAGGGGGUGUUGUUGAGACGGCUUCAGCGGGACCCGGAGCUAGCUGGCGUGGGUGCGGUGGUGUUUGACGAGUUCCACGAGCGGAAUCUGGAUGCCGACCUGGCGCUCACGUUGUGUCUGGACAUUCAGAGACUGGCAAGACCCGACUUGAGGCUGGUCGUAAUGUCCGCUACGCUGGGGGGGGGCCUGGGCGACAGAGUACGACAUCUCAUGGCGACGGCGGCAGCGGAGGGGGGAGAUGAAGGCUCUUCUGGCGCUGACGGCGGCAGCUCACACAGCGGCAAGUCGUCAUCGUCAUCCGUACCAUCAUCCGUACCAGCGUCAGCAUCCGUACCGUUGGUAGUUAGCGAGGGCCGGUCAUUCCCGGUGAAGACGAUCUACCUGGGGCGGCCGGAAGUCGGGGAGCGGAAUGCCCUGGAGAGCGCGGUGGCGGCUGCUGUCGGGGUGGCGCUCCGGGAGGCUGGAUCUGGAUCUGGAUCUGGAGGGGGUGGAGAUGUGUUGGUGUUCCUGCCGGGGGUGGGGGAGAUCCGCACCGUGGAGAGAUUGCUGCAGGAGGACGGCAUCCCCCGAAAGUACGGCGUCCGUGUACUGCAGCUGCACGGCAAUAUGGCCCCGGAUGAACAAGACGAGGUGCUACGGCCGCUGCCGGCGGGGGCGACUGGUCGUCGUCGGCGGGUUAUCCUGGCAACCCCCCUCGCGGAGUCGUCCGUUACCAUCGACGGCGUGACGGCGGUGGUGGACUCGGGGCUGCGGCGGGCGCCGCGGUACGACCCAGCAACCGCCGUCAACCGACUCGUAACGAUGCGCAUCAGCGAGGCCUCCGCGGACCAGCGACGAGGUCGUGCAGGUCGUACGGCCCCCGGCACGUGCUACCGCCUGUGGGCCGAGCGGGAGGCCCUGCCGUACGCGGUUUCGGAGCCCGAGAUCCUAACUGCGGACCUGGCACCCGCGGCUCUGGAGCUGGCGCUGUGGGGCAGUCCGGACGGCGCGGGGCUACCCUGGCUGGACCCGCCCCCCCAGGAGCUGCUUACAGCGGGGAGGGAGCUCCUGCAAGACCUGGGUGCUGUGCAUUCGGUGACUGGGCGACCCACGGGUCAUGGCCGCAUGCUGGCCCGAUUGGGGGUUCAUCCCCGCUGGGGCCAUGCGGCGCUGCGCGGCGCCCAGUUGGGUUGCGCCGAGUUGGCGGCGGUGGUGGCCACCAUGCUGGGCUCCGAGCGGGACAUCCUGCGGGGGGCUGCUGGCGGUGGUAGGAGUGCGGACCUCAUGAUGAGGCUGGAGGCCCUGGCGAGGGACGAUGCCGCACUCGACCGAGCCGCCGCCAGUCGCAUAUUCCAGGGAGCCCGAUCUGUGGCGGCGAUGGUAACGACAAUGGUACGGCGGACCUCCACUGGCGCGUCGGGCUCCAAAUCGUCAUCGCCCACACCAUCCGCGGCAAGUACCGCAAGAGCCGUCGAUGGCGAUGACGAGGGUGGCGAUGACGAGGAUACCGCGAUGGCGGCGGCGCUACGUGAGGCCGGUGUGGGUCCCCUGGAGUCAGCGGACGCAUCGGAGGCUGAGGAGGAUGAUAAUGACGGCGACCUCACCUCAACCGUUGGUGUCGGGUUUGACGCUGACGCGGAAGCAGCCAGCCCGCUAGGCUUAGCCCCCGGCCUAGACGUCUCCGGGCAGCCCCACCCGGGCCCGGCUGCGGCUGCUGCGGUUGCUGCGGAAACCAGCACCAGCAACGCUGCUGGUAGCAGGGGGGGCAGCCGCGGCACCACAGGAAGCGGUACCAGAAGCAUCAGUAGCAGUAGCAUGAGCAUCAGAGGCGGAGGAGAUGGUGGUGAUGGUGGGCGGCUGUUGUCUCAGUCGUCAUUCGAAGCCCUGUGGCGCGAGCAGAUGUUGCGGGAGGGUCUGGUGGGGGCGCUGGUGGCGGCGGCCUACCCUGAUCGAAUUGCGGAGCGGCGGCAGCGGCCCAACAGCCGACCUGCCUUCACACUCUCCACUGGUCAGGUAGUACGACUGCCCUCAGAAGACGACCCGCUGGGGCAGUUUGAAUACUUGGCGGUAGCGGAGAUCGGCGGCAAGGGCCCGGCGCAGUCGUGGCGUAGCAGCGGCGGUGCUGGUGGUGGUACCAACGACACGGUUCGAUCGGCGGCUGGGCUCAGUCCUGCGGCUAUUGAGCGGUACUUGAGCGAUAUGGUGCAGGAUCGCGAGGUUGUGUUUUGGGCCAGCGGCAGUAAGUCGGUGUUGGCGCGGCGGCAGAAACGGCUGGGUUGUUUGGUUCUAUCGGAGCGGCAGGUGCCGGUCUCAGAUGCGGCAGCGCUGCCGGCGCUGCUCCAGGGAUUCAAGGAGAUGGGCGGGGUGCGCGGUGUGGGGCUGAAUAGGAAUCUGGAGGCCUGGCGGCAGCGGGUGGUAUGGCUGCGGGCCCAGGCAGCUGGCAGCGGCAGCGGUGGAGAGGCAGCUGCGUCCGGGUCCCAGCGUCUGAAGCCAUCCUCGCUGCGACUGGCGUCUCUGCCGGACUUGUCAGAUUCUGGGUUGUUGUCGUGCGCGUCUCGGUGGCUGGGGCCCCACCUGGCCGGUGUGCGCAGCAAGGCGGACCUCUUGAAACUUGACUGGAACGGGAUCAUCAUGUCGCUAGUCCCCUGGGAGCUCCAACAGCUGGUGGAGUCUGAGGCGCCCUCGCACCUGCUACUGCCCACCGGUAGCCGUGUGCUGGAGCUCUUCGGGCUGCCGGCCACACCGCUACUGGCGGGAGGCCGGGUGCCGCUUACCCUGGAGCUAUUGAGCCCAGCGGGCAGGCCGGUGGCGGUGACCUCUGACCUGGCCAGCUUUUGGCACAACAGCUAUCCAGAUGUGAGGCGGGAGCUGCGGGGCCGCUACCCCAAGCACGUGUGGCCUGAAGACCCGCUGCAGGCGGAGGCUACCAGGCUGACUAAGAAGCAGCUUGAGGCUGCAGCGGCUCAAACCACAUCAUCAUCAUCAUCAUCAUCAUCAUCGUCAUCAUCAUCGUCUGGUGGAAAGGGCAAUGUCGGCGGCGGCAGCAACAAAGGCGCAGGCAGUGGCGGUGGCAGCGGCCGCGGCAAGAAGAAGUAG